UUUCUCUCUCGACAGUGCCUGAGCUGAGUUAAUAGUUUCUGUUGGUUUGGUUGAAAGAUUUUGCUCUGACUGUUUGUGUGCACACCUGAGAGGGAAGCUAUAUUAAUCAGGAACUCAGAGGGGUGGGCGUGGCCAGGGCGGCUCUCAGUGGAAACUUCUCACUUUGUCUGCAGGACGCUGCCGAGGCUCCAAGUUCCCUGGAGGACUGCGUGCAGAAUGAUUCUUAGACAAGACUAAGGCUAACUGUAUUGGGAUAGGAAAAUCAUAGAAUUUGAAGCAGAAACUGCUUCACAUGGCUAACAUGGCAGCGAGACUUCAUCAAAAAGUCGCCAAGAAGAACAACACAAGCCACUGCAAGCAAGUUACAGCAGCUCUGCAAAGUCCUAUUGGUACCAUACAAGUAUCUGGCUGUGAAGAAGGCAUUCACUCCAUUGAGCUCCAGGGCGGUUUUGAACCCAAGGAUAGGACAAGAGCGGCCUCAUUUACUUGUGAGGUAUGUGAAAGCCAAGAGGAAAUGACAGCACCAGUGAAAUACUGUAUGACCUGGCUUCAGGCCUAUUUCUCUGAACCUUGGACAACAGAAAAACUUCCUCUCCCUGCCUUUCACCAUCCCAUUUUUCAACAAGCAACCUUCACCUGCAACGUGUUGAUGACCCUGCUGCGCGAUGUGAAAUUUGGAGAAAUGGCCUCGUACAAGGAGCUUGCAGCAAUGGCAGGCAAUUCAAAAGCAGCAAGGGCUGUGGGAGGAGCCAUGAGAGCUAACCCUGUGCCAAUUAUUGUGCCCUGUCACAGAGUGAUCUGCAGCAAUGGACAGAUUGGUAAUUAUAUGGGAGGAAGAGGAAAUCACCUCAAACAAUGGCUACUGACACAUGAGGAGCUUCUGAAAGAGAGCCGAAAAACAUCUCGGGGACCUUGUCCAAUCCUGCCACAGAGCUAGAAUGUAUGGCAACAAUAUUCAGAAUAAAACAAGCUCUUAACACAUCCACUAUUAUUUAGGGAAUUUGUAAAUAUUUGAGUGACUUAAAAAGAUAAAAGAAACUUGAGAGUCAGAUGCAUGGUGGCACCACUACUAUAUUAAAAAGCCUGGAUCUAUCCUGGGGGACGGUAGCCUUUCUUGUUUUUACAUUUUACAGAAGAAUGAGUACAGAGAUCUGUGCAUGUUGUGUAUGUAUGUUGUUCCCAUCUACAGGCUUUUUUGUUCUAUUUUUAAUGCCCAUUAAAGCAAGGAUAAGGGAGUGGGAGGGGCAUGGCAAAUGUUAGGUGCAACUGCCCCUCUAAGGAAGCAUCUGGCUCACCGAGGGGACAGCUGACAGUCUGGAGCUUGCGUGUUACUGGGAGCAAAAUUAAAUCCUGAGGCUUCAGCUCACACCUCUUUAUUUCUGCACAGCAUUGUAUUUGUCCAGCACGGAAAACUGCACCUCAACCAAAUGAGCGUCAAUGAGAGCCCGGACCUCUUUGAUGUUUGAGCUACUGAAAUAAUAUUUUUGGUCACAAAAACAUUGAAAAGGAAACAAUUUUUUGCAUGAUGUCAAUUUUUAAAAAAGUUUGUCACAGUUUAACCAUUAUAACAUUUUUUUUUCUCCUGGAAAAGGUGCAACUUAUACAUUGCGUGUAUUUUUCGGUAGUGGAGUCCUUUUACAGAAAUUCUACAGACUGUUAAAUAUGUAAAUGUUUCUCCUGAGCUGUGUAUCUCUUGCAAGCCACAUGUAAUCUGAUUAUUAGUUUUGGUACAGAAACAGAUUCCUUGAAGAUUAAGGAAGGUAAAGAUUGUACAUGUUCAAUUAUUAAGAAUAAAAAUUACUUCAA